AACUCUCCCAGCUCUUAAGUUAGUACGUAACUGGAGCACGACAGUGAAGAAAUUUUGUCUUUCUCUAUCGUUGUUCGGAAGUUUUAAAUACAACCAAAAUGAGGGAAAUCGUGCACUUGCAGGCCGGCCAGUGUGGAAACCAAAUUGGGGCUAAGUUCUGGGAGGUAAUAAGCGACGAACAUGGCAUCGACCCGACCGGGACAUACCAUGGCGACAGCGACCUGCAGCUGGAGCGAAUCAACGUGUAUUACAACGAGGCAUCAGGUGGCAAGUAUGUCCCCCGUGCAGUGCUGGUGGACUUGGAGCCAGGCACAAUGGACUCUGUGAGGUCUGGUCCCUUUGGCCAGAUCUUUAGACCAGACAACUUUGUCUUUGGCCAGAGCGGAGCAGGUAAUAACUGGGCUAAAGGCCACUACACUGAGGGAGCUGAGCUGGUGGACUCAGUCCUGGAUGUGGUGAGAAAGGAGGCGGAGAGCUGCGACUGCCUGCAGGGCUUCCAGCUCACACACUCCCUAGGAGGAGGCACCGGCUCCGGCAUGGGCACGCUGCUCAUCAGCAAAAUCCGAGAGGAGUAUCCCGACCGCAUCAUGAACACUUACAGCGUGGUGCCGUCCCCCAAGGUGUCAGACACAGUGGUGGAGCCGUACAAUGCUACCCUCUCCGUCCACCAGCUGGUGGAGAACACAGAUGAGACAUUCUGCAUUGAUAAUGAGGCACUGUAUGACAUCUGCUUCCGCACACUAAAGCUCACCACGCCCACCUACGGCGACCUCAACCACCUCGUCUCAGCCACCAUGAGCGGGGUGACCACCUGCCUGCGCUUCCCCGGCCAGCUCAAUGCUGAUUUGAGGAAACUGGCCGUCAACAUGGUGCCCUUCCCCAGGCUGCACUUCUUCAUGCCGGGCUUCGCCCCGCUGACUAGCCGAGGCAGCCAGCAGUACAGGGCAUUGACGGUUCCUGAACUCACUCAGCAGAUGUUCGACGCCAAGAACAUGAUGGCUGCCUGCGACCCGCGGCACGGGCGCUACCUCACAGUUGCCGCCAUCUUCCGAGGCCGCAUGUCCAUGAAGGAGGUGGACGAGCAGAUGCUGAACGUGCAGAACAAGAACAGCAGCUACUUUGUGGAGUGGAUCCCAAACAACGUCAAGACGGCCGUCUGCGACAUCCCUCCCCGAGGCCUCAAGAUGGCCGCCACCUUUAUUGGCAACAGCACGGCCAUCCAGGAGCUGUUCAAGCGCAUCUCAGAGCAGUUCACUGCCAUGUUCCGCCGCAAAGCCUUCCUCCACUGGUACACGGGCGAGGGCAUGGAUGAGAUGGAGUUCACGGAGGCUGAGAGCAACAUGAACGACCUGGUGUCCGAGUACCAGCAAUACCAGGACGCCACUGCUGAGGAAGAGGGCGAGUUCGAGGAAGAGGGCGAAGAGGACUUGGCCUAGACUGAGCCUCUCCAGCUGCAGAGCUAUACAGCCAUGGUUGAUGGCCACUGCACGCUCAGCUUUUUCUCCAGUACCGCUCUGUAGGAAGAUUUACGGUGCUCGGCCGAAUCACCGCCCUGCUGCUCCUCUUCACCGUAAUUCUGCCACGGAACAAACUUAAUUGUUGAAAAGCAAUAAACAGGAAGAGUUCAGAUUUUGUAAACGUAACAUAGAAACAAAUUCUCACCUAUCUUUUUGAUGUGAAAUGUGGGACAGAUGUGGAGUCUCACUUUUUCUGCUCUUUCAACCUAAAGAUAUUAUUUGUUACUAUGGUGAUCCACAUGAUGGCACUGUUGAAUAUCUGAUUAAUUUAUUUUUUCCCUGAAACCUAUUACUAAAUAUGUUUAUAGCUGUUUUGUUUUUUUAUGUAAUCCUGAUAUUCUCUUAUGCUCAUCUUCAUAUGUUUUUGUAUUACCUAUAUCUGUUUUGCAUGUGCUGCUAUUGUUUACCUGAUUUGUUUGUAUAUUAUCCAUGUGUCAAUAAAUAAAACAACGUUUCACUGGUCUUCUCAAAAAACCGA